AUGGGCUUGCUUUCUGGUCUAAAUUUUGCGGACUUUACAAAAGCCGCCUCUUUGCUUCUUCUCCUUCCGCUUGCGUACAUUGCCGUAAUCGGUAUCUACAGGGUUUAUGACUCUCUCUUUGGCCGACUGAGGAAUGUUCCUGGCCCAUGGUUGGCCAAAUAUACUGGGUUGUGGGAGCUCCAGGCUAUCGCGCAUGGUGAUUUCGAGCAGAAGAACAUCGCUCUUCAUAAGCAGCAUGGCAAGGUUGUUCGCAUCGGUCCGAACAAAUACUCCAUCGAUGACCCUGACGCUGUUCGCCUUAUCUAUGGCCACGGCACGAAGUUCACCAAAACGGACUUCUACUACGCGUUCAGAGACCCGCAUGUGUCAAACUUGUUUGCAGAGCUCGAUGUCAAAGAGCACUCAACGCAGCGGCGUAGAAUUGCGUCGCUGUAUUCGAUGACCACUCUUCUUUCGUAUGAGAGCUUCAUCGACAGCUGCACCACCGUCCUUAUGGAGAAGUUCAACAAGUUUGCGAGAGAGCACCGCCCAGUUGAGAUGGUCCAGUGGCUACAGUUUUAUGCGUUCGACGUCAUUGGCGCCAUCACCACCAGCAGCCCCUUCGGCCUGAUGUCUGCCGAAUCCGACCAAGCCUCCAUCAUCGCCGCCAUCCACAAGACCCUCGUCUACGGCGGCCACGUCGGCGCCUUCGCCCCUGCCCUCCACCCCUACCUCGCGGGCUUCUCCAGCCUCAUGGGCAAGCCUCCCCCCACCGAGCCCGUCCAAAACUACAUCAAGCGGCAAAUCGCCCUCCGCCGACAACAAUUCGCAUCCGGCGACACCAAGUUCACCGCCACGACCGACAGCGACGACUCUCCCGCCCCCGCCACCGACUUCCUCACCAAACUCCUCCGCCUCGAGUCCGCCGGCCCCAACACCCCCUUCGACACGCUCAACGCAUCGGGCUCCAACAUCGCCGCGGGCUCCGACACGACGGCCAUCACGCUGUCGGCCGUCGUCUACUACCUGCUGCGCAACCCGCACGUCCUCCAAAAGCUGCGCGCCGAGCUCGAAGCUGCCGCCGCAGCCGGCGAGAUAUCCGACCCCAUCACGUACGCGCAGGCCCAGCGCUGCGCGUACCUGCAGGCCGUGCUGAAGGAGUCGCUGCGCGCCCACCCGGCCGUGGCGCAGCCCAUGAUGCGCCGCGUGCCCGCCGGCCCUGGCAUCGAGAUCGUGCCUGGCACAUGGCUGCCGGCGGGAACGGAGGUCGGCGUGAAUCCGUGGGUGGCGCACCAGAAUGAGGAGGUGUUUGGGGCGGAUGCGGCUGCGUUUAGGCCCGAGAGAUGGUUGGAGGCGGAUGAGAAGGCGAAGGCGAGGAUGGAGUCGUAUUUCCUGGCGUUCGGUCAUGGCUCGAGGACUUGCAUCGGCAAGCACAUCAGUCUACUGGAGAUCAGUAAGGUUAUUCCGCAGUUGGUGAGGCACUUUGACUUUGAAUUCGUGAACCCGGAGAAGGAAUGGCACACGGAGACUGCAUGGUUCUGCAAGCAGCAAUACCAGUGUUAUAUCAAGCCGAGGGCUGCUUAG